CAGGUUAAUUAAUAUUCUUAUUAGUGAAAAUCCAUCUUUACUUGUAAAGUUAAAACUUUCAAUGUUUAAAUGUUAUCCUGAAAGUCAUUGUUAUUUACAAUAAUAUGGCGAUGCGUCUUGUUUUCCUGAAGUCAUUAAGAUCCAUUGUUCUUUCAAUAACCCAUCGUAAUUGGUCGUACUCGGUCAAUUAUGCAGGUACUCAAGGCAGAAAAAAAAUCAUAAUGAAUGACAAUGAUGUAGUUCCUGCUCAUCACAUUGCUCUACAACAUUUGGAUAGAGUUGCAAUAAAAGACAACUAUGGUUCCCACACCUAUUUGGAUGUGUUGCUAAAAGCCGUUAGGCUGUCAACCCUCAUAAAUGACACUGUUGGUACAGGAAAGAGUCAAGAAAGAAUUGGAUUUCUCUGCCCAAAUGAUUCCACUUAUGUCGUAUCCCAAUGGGCCUGUUGGGCUGCUGGUCACAUUGCUGUACCACUCAGUCCUGUACAUCCCCCUUCUUUAUUAGGUUACUAUUUAAAGGACUGUAGUGCUGCAUUAUUGAUUGCAUCUCAAAGUCAUUCAGAGUUGCUUUCUGCACUUAAAAAAACAGUUGGAAAUGAAAUUCAAUCGUUAAUUCUUGAAGAAUCAUGGCAACAGGAAACAAAUGAAAAGUGUUUGCCCUCCCAACUAGAAUCCAUCCUCAGUGGCACAAAAUCCAUUAAUUUCUAUCGCGAUUCUGAUGCGAUGAUGUUAUACACUAGCGGAACUACUGGGAAACCGAAAGGAGUUCUAUUGAGUCAUAGAAACAUCAAUGCUCAAGUACGCAUGCUAAUCGAGGUGUGGCAGUGGACCAAAAAAGAUGUCAUAGUCCAUGCACUCCCGCUUCAUCAUACCCACGGGGUCGUAAAUGCUCUGCUGUGCCCUCUCUAUGUUGGAGCCAGUUGUAUUAUGCUGCCUAAAUUUGAUUCCAAAACAAUUUGGGAUCAUUUCCUAAACACUAAUGUGAAUCGAGAGCAGAAACCGACUAUCUUCAUGGGAGUACCCACCAUGUACAGCAAGCUACUUGCACAUCAUGAUACUGCUUUUGGGGAUAAUCCCCGGACAAGAGAAUAUGUGAAAGCGAGCAUCUCCAACAGCAUCAGGGUAAUGAUUAGCGGGUCUGCGGCUCUCCCUGAACCAGUGUUUCAUAAAUGGAAAGCGGCAACAGGACUCGAAAUUGUAGAACGUUAUGGAAUGACAGAAAUUGGUUCAGUUUUGUCGAUUCCCUUAGAUGGAGAGAGACGUGCCGGCUACGUCGGGGUUCCAUCGCCAGGGGUCAGUAUCAGACUAGUUGAAUUUCAACCCUCUUCGCUUGGAGCUAAAGCAAAUUAUCAAGUGUUAUUCGAAACAAGCCACGAGCAGUUUUCAUCUCACGUGAAAAACGAUAAAGUUAUAAGCGGUGAUCUUAUCAUUAAAGGGCCAAACGUUUUCCAUGGUUACUGGAAUAAACCGGAAGCUACAGCGAAAGAUUUCACUGCAGACGGAUGGUUUCGAACUGGAGAUGCAGUUCAAUACGACAACGGUUACUUCAAGAUUCUUGGACGUUUAUCUGCAGACAUAAUAAAAUCAGGUGGCUUCAAAAUAAGUGCCCUUGAAAUUGAAACACACCUUCUUGGUCAUCCCGAAAUAGUAGACUGUACAGUAUUUGGAAUUCCUGAUGUUACGUGGGGACAAAAGGUUGCAGCUGUCAUCGUACUCGUGAAUCCUGAAAAAAGCAUAGACCUAGUAGCUUUAAAAAAGUGGUGUAAAGAAAGAAUGGCACCUUAUAUAGUGCCAAGUGAAUGGCGAAUUUAUUCCGAACUACCUCGAAAUGCGUUAGGUAAAGUUAAUAAGGUAGAAUUCGCCAAAGUAGCAUUCAACGACAAACCGGUUACCAGCAAACUUUAAUAUUUGGUCUAUGUAUAGUACCACGGGAGUGUGUGGCAACAGACGUUAGAAACUAAGUUUUUCUUAUCGUAUACGGUAACAUUCGGGCAAUAAUACAUGCCUUGAUGUAUGACAUUUGUACCGUUUGGUAGUCAAAGCUUAUAGGUGUAGGAUGGGAUCAUGGGAACACUUUGUGGUAUUUGUAAUAUUUGUAAAUCUCCGAUUGGCUUUAUACUGAUUCGCAGAACGAAGAAUGGGAUGCAAUUAAUGUAAAUUAAUCGAAAAUAAAUUAAAUGUUUGAUUUUAAA